UAACACUCUCUGCAACAAUGGCAACGUGUACCUCCUCCCUCUUUAGCAAUUCCCAUAUAAGAGGAUGGAAGCCUUUAGUACACAAGAAACACAAUUUCAAUGUUUCUGGGUGUAAUGAUUCUUUGCAUGAUCUAAGGAUAUAAACUACAUCUCCUCACUUCCCAAGCUUCUCUACCAUAUAGCUAAGUGGAGAAAAUAUGAAGAUAAGAAAAGAGAAAGAGAAAGAAGAUGCAUUUGAAGCCACAUAUGUCAAAUGUUCAAGUGUCCUACAAGAGGAAAUCCAAGUGAGGGAUAUCAGGUAUCACGGUAUAGCGUAUGUUGUUCUGCAAUCAACGUUGAACAGUUGCCAACAUAUGCAACCAUUUCAGACAGGCUAUUCAGUGCAGUUGAGGAUGCCAGAAAUGUCAAUCUAGAUGUAAUAGAAACAUCCAAGGCUACCGCAAAAUUCAUUCAGAGUUUGACACUGGCAGAUUUAGACCCUGCCACAGCAAAGUUAGCAAUAGGUAUUUUGGGGCCAUCUCUCUCAGCAUUUGGCUUUCUAUUUAUUUUGAGAAUAGUAAUGUCCUGGUACCCAAAGCUACCUGUUGAAAAAUUUCCAUAUGUAAUAGCUUAUGCUCCCACAGAACCGAUUCUGAUUCCGACCCGGAAGGUAAUCCCACCGGUGGGAGGGGUGGAUGUGACUCCUGUGGUCUGGUUUGGGUUAAUAAGUUUCCUAAAUGAAAUACUGGUUGGCCCUCAAGGACUUCUGGUUCUUCUUUCUCAACAAGUUAACUGAUGUGCUUGCUUUGCGAGGAGGAAGAAAGUACAUUGAUCAUUUUUGUAAAGUGAGAUUUCAUGGAUGUAAAUCUAAACCUAUGAAUUGUGAUUACUGAUUUGUUUUACAUAAGCAUCAGACAUCGAUGGUUAGCUCUUGAUCGAAUAAAAUGGUCGACAAUUACGCCUCAUUUGAUCGGAGGUAAUUUCACUCAA